GGACAGACGCAUUCUACGGAUUACAAGGUAUGUGGACGUUGCUUCCAAAAAUGGAAAGAGUCAACACCCAGUUUGAUAAAUAUACUAAAAUAUGGAUGGGGCCAAAAGCUACAAACUUUUUUGAUACUGAUUGCUCGAUUGGAAAAAUUUUAUUUGCUUUUAUGAAAAAUAAUCCCAAAAACAUUUGUCAGAUAUCCGACACUGAGGGCACAGCCUUGAACAAUGGUGAAGCUAUUACAUUUGGCAUUCGCAUAGCCCAAUAUUUCAGAUCGAUUGGACUCAAGCAAGACGAUGUUGUGGGCAUUGUUAGCUCCAAUGGCACGUACACCCUGCCAGUGGUUCUUGGUUGUUUGCUGAAUUGCACUCCAUUUCAUGCCGUAAACUACAAGAAUGACGAAGCCACCAUAAAACAUUUAUUCCAAAGCACGCGACCCAAAGUGAUAUUUUGUGAUGGGGGGAUUUACCUGAAUGUGGCUGCCAUUGGAAAAAUGCUGAAAGCCAAAAUGUUUACAAUGAAAGAUCAUCGUUUCGAUAUGGCCAAAGUGGAAGAUUUGUUGGAGCCAACAAAUGCAGAAUUAUUUUAUGUGCCUGAAACACUUAAAUUGGGUGGAGAUCAAACUGUGGCAAUUCUAUGCACGGCCGGUUCUUCGGGGAUGCCAAAGAAUGUUAGCAUUUCAAAUUCUUCCUGCUUAUUCGAUUAUGGAUUUGUUACUGGCCAAGAUGUGAUUUUCUCCUUCAGCACAAUUGAUGUCGCUUCCGGCAUGUUUAAUAUGCUCUUCAGUUGUGGCCAUGGUUCAACUCGCAUCAUUACCGAUAGAAGAGAAAGCGCAGAAUAUCUUUUAGAACUGGUCAAUAAAUACAAAGUAACCCUUUUAACAUUGACACCCCUUAACUUCGUCUGCCUGGCAAAAAGUCCACAGCUAACCAAAGAAAAGUUGUCCAGUAUUCGCUUCAUCAACAUAGUUGGUGGUAAUAUACCUGUGACAUCUCUAUUGAAGAUGCAAAACUACCUUUCAAAUGGUUUCAUAUCGUAUGGAUAUGCAUUGACAGAAUGCGGCGGUAUUGCCGGCAAUAUGGGUGUAGGCCAUCCCAAUAGUGUGGGAAAGAUAAUACCGGGAAUCAAGGUGAAAAUCCAUGAUGAAAAUGGCCGCAGUCUGAAUCAUGGAGAGCUUGGGGAAAUUUUAGUUCACACGGGUAAAACAUGGAAUGGCUAUUAUGGCAAUCCUAAUGAAUCCAAGCGCAUGCAAGAUUACCAAGGAUGGUUUCACACCGGCGAUUUGGGUUAUUUCGACAAGGACAACUAUUUGUAUGUGUUGGAUAGAAAAUGUGAUUCGUUACGCUUUCACGGCAUGCAAUAUUGGCCUCGAGAAAUUGAACAGUGCGUGGCCGAAUUACCCGAUGUCCUGGAUGUUUGUGUUUUUGGUCUCUGGAAUGAAGUGGAUGGAGAUGCCGCUGCAGCGGCGGUUGUUAAAAUUCCCGGCAGUAAACUAAGUGAGCAGGAUAUAGUGGAGUAUGUGGCCAAGCGUUUGGUUGUAUCUCACAAACAACUGCAUUGUGGCGUUUUCUUUCUCGACGACCUGCCCAAGACGGGCAGUGGCAAAGUUGUCAGAGACAGAGCUCGUGAUAUGGCCUUGGGCAAACAUUGGGUUACACCGAAGACUUCUUUCAAUCGCCUCAUAAAUUGAUUGGAAAAUGUCAAACACGUCAUGGUCAUUAUAUUAUAUGUUGGUCUAUAAUUUU